AUGAUUUGGGGGAUGGCUACAGCCACCUCCAGCCCGUACCUCGCCAGCAGCAGGAUUUUAAGUGGCCCGGUCCCGCAUUCUGACAGGAGGGGCGGAAGCAUGCAUCCGGCGAACGGUGUGGUCACCUCGGUGUCUUCCAGCGGGUUCAGGGGGGAGCCCUCGGUCAAGAUGGUGCAGAGUGACUUCAUGCAAGGGGCCACCAUGGUGUCCAGCAACGGCGGCCACAUGCUCAGUCAUGCCCACCAGUGGGUCACGUCGCUGCCUCACGCCGCGGCCGCGGCUGCCGCAGCGGCGGCGGCUGCCGCGGCCGCGGCCGAAGUGGGUGCCGCCUGGCCGGCCGGCUCCCAGCCCCAGGAGACGAAGAGAGGAGGCGGCGGCGGGAGGGAGGACCUCCACGCGGGCGCCGCUCUACACCACCGCGGCUCCCAUUUAGGGGGCCAUCAAGCGCACCCUGGUGGAUGGGGGGGCUCCAUCAAUAUCAGUGAGGGUCGGACGCAGACGCAGCAGCAGCAGCAGCAGCAGCAGCAGCAGCAGCAGCAGCAGAGCCUCGUUUACUCUCAACCGGCUGCCUUCACCGUCAACGGGAUGCUGAGCACCCAGAGCCUCAUGCACCCUGGCGCGCUGGUGCGCGGGGACUCCCCGGAGCUGGACCACUCCCAUCACCACCCCCAUCAUCUCCCCCAUCAUCACCACCACCACCACCACCACAACAACCCUCACCAUCCUCAUCCUCACCAUCAGCACGCGCACCACCAGCACCAGCAUCACCACCCGGAGGGGCACUCAGAUGAGGACACGCCGACCUCGGACGACUUGGAGCACUUCGCCAAGCAGUUCAAGCAGCGUCGCAUCAAGCUGGGCUUCACCCAGGCCGACGUGGGUCUGGCCCUGGGCACGCUCUACGGCAACGUCUUCUCCCAGACCACCAUUUGCCGCUUCGAAGCGCUGCAGUUGAGCUUCAAGAACAUGUGCAAGCUGAAGCCGCUGCUCAAUAAGUGGCUGGAGGAGGCCGACUCCAGCACGGGCAGCCCGGCCAGCAUCGACAAGAUCGCCACGCAGGGCCGCAAGAGGAAGAAGCGCACGUCCAUCGAGGUGAGCGUCAAAGGCGCGCUGGAGAGCCACUUUCUCAAGUGCCCCAAGCCGUCGGCGCAGGAGAUCAACGGGCUGGCGGACACGCUGCAGCUGGAGAAGGAGGUGGUGCGCGUCUGGUUCUGCAACCGCCGGCAGAAGGAGAAGCGCAUGACGCCGCCCGGGCUCCCUCGCAGCCCGGACAACAACGCCUACUCGCAAGUGGGCGGCAUGGGCGCCGACACGCCGCCGCCCUCCAUAGACUGCAAGAGGAUGUACAGCGACACGUGAACGCCGCACCGAGUCCCGCGAGCUCGAUUUGCUCCCAGUUGGCCCAACUUUAGACGAUUAAUGAGCAACUUUAUUAUCUUUUUUUUUUUUUGGUUGGUCCAAGCUCCUGUGUGUCCCGUUAUCCACUAAGCCGCGCGCGUGUGUUUGCGAGUGGGACAAUGUGAGGUUUUAUGCACCCUUUUCUUUGAAAAUUCAAGAAAGAAACAUUAAGGGAGACAUUGACAUUGCUUUAAUUUAGCACGGACUUAUUCCCUAAAGCAAUAAUUCAUACACCCCCAUUAUAUUUCUUACAGACGUGUUUUGUGCUAGUAGCUUCAAGUAACUCGUUUUUUUCUUUUCACCCCC